AUGAAAAAAAUCGUUAUUCAUGAAAAAGCCUAUGAUCGUAACACCAUACAUCAUCAAUAUUCUAGAGUUAGGUCUGAGCCGAUGAAGGUUGUCUUCAUUAACACACGGUACAUCCAGACAGAUGCUCGGAGCUUCAAGUCGAUUGUUCAAGAACUCACCGGUAAAAACGCCGUCGUCGCUGAGGGUCCUUUCGAAUUCUCCGCUCAAGGGUACGGUGGAAAAGAUUCAUCACAUCAGUAUUUUGGCGGCGGAAGAGAAGCAGAGGGAGGUGUAGAGACGACGGAGUUCGAUAGAUUUUUUAGGGAGAUGCCUCCGGUCGGCGAAUUGUUUAAUCUAUGGUCAGAAACUUGACUAGUGAAAAUUUGAAAAUACGUUUUUUCUUUUUUACUAUUUGAUUAGUUUUUUUUUCUCGUGGUUGUUAUGGCCAUUGGGUCUCAUCUUUGUAUCUUAAGCCCUUUUAAACACGAGCGAACCUAUAUUUUGAUUUCUUUUGCUUAAUAUGAUUUCUCUUUAUAGAGUGUUUUGCUUAAAGAUGUUGGUUCUGCUUUAUUAUGUGUACUCUGGCCUCUUAAAUGGUGUUUGAUAAGUUGUAGUUAAGUCUCCGGA